UGUUGCCACUUACAGAAGAGAAGUUUCUGCUGAGGAUUUUUUCAUUUUAGUGAUAAGUCUGUUUAAACUUAGGCUUUCAGCAGGGAGUUUGGCCUUACCAUACACCAGCUGCUAUUGUUUUCAUCUGAAUGGCACCAUACACUUCAUAGGGCGCAUACUUGCCAUUUUUCAGUUUGGAUCUUAAUAAAUCCUGAGGAUAGGCUUUUGGGUUUACUGAGCUGGAAAAGACCAUAACUUGUUUAGGUUAUAGUACUUGGCACCUGGCAUGGACCAGAAAUACCCAAGCAUCUUUGAGAAACUAUAAAGUAGUACCAGUGUAGUAUCUUAGAAAUGGCCUGAAGAGAGACCAAUCUGGAUAGAAGAGAGCCAUGUUUUAUCUGCAGCAGGAAUAUUGUGGUAUUGUAGGAGCACUGAUGGACUGCCCCUGUAUCUUUUAGUCUGUUCCUCACCAGAAGCUCCAAGUGUGCAGUGUAGUUAUGGCAAGGGCUGGGGUGUCAGGGAUGGGAAUUGUUCUUCAAUAAUUGCUAACCCAUCACAAUGGAGGCAUAGACAUAUUGGGGAAAGGGAUAUUCUCUUGGAUUUUGCCUUGGCCAGAGAAACUGAGUGAACAGGUAGCCAUUGCCUUUGCCAUCCAAGAGGACUUGGUACUACCAACACCUCUAGGUGCCGGGUAAGCCUGUCAAAACAACGUGGUUUGAUGGCUUCAUCAAAAUAACAGGUUACAAAAUACCCUCCUAUGCUUGAGAUCCACAGACUACGUGUCCUACGUGAACGAAUCAGUUGUUCAUCUCCUGGAAAUACAUUAGAAACAUAAAUAUGGUGCCAAAAGAUUUCCUUACCUUUCUCUGACUACAGUUUAUUUGGACAUACUUUUGUAUUGAAGAGAGGUACACAGACUGAGGCUACUUGUGCAGAGACUCUGUCGUGUAGGAUCAUGGACCAUCCUAGUAGAGAGAAGGAUGAAAGACAACGGACAACUAAACCCAUGGCACAAAGGAGUGCACACUGUACCCGACCGUCUGGCUCCUCAACAUCCUCUGGGGUUCUUAUGGUGGGACCCAACUUCAGGGUUGGCAAGAAGAUAGGGUGUGGGAACUUCGGAGAGCUCAGAUUAGGUAAAAAUCUCUACACCAAUGAAUAUGUAGCUAUCAAACUGGAACCAAUAAAAUCACGUGCUCCACAGCUUCAUUUAGAAUACAGGUUUUAUAAACAGCUCGGCAGUGCAGGUGAAGGUCUUCCACAGGUGUAUUACUUUGGACCGUGUGGAAAAUACAACGCCAUGGUGCUGGAGCUCCUUGGCCCUAGCUUGGAGGACUUGUUUGACCUCUGUGACCGAACUUUUACUUUGAAGACUGUGUUAAUGAUAGCCAUCCAGUUGCUUUCUCGAAUGGAAUAUGUGCACUCAAAGAAUCUCAUUUACCGAGAUGUGAAGCCAGAGAAUUUCCUGAUUGGCCGACAAGGCAACAAGAAAGAGCAUGUUAUACACAUUAUAGACUUUGGACUGGCCAAGGAAUACAUUGACCCUGAAACCAAAAAACACAUACCUUAUAGGGAGCACAAAAGUUUAACUGGAACUGCAAGAUACAUGUCUAUCAACACGCAUCUUGGCAAAGAGCAAAGCCGGCGGGAUGAUUUGGAAGCCCUGGGCCAUAUGUUCAUGUAUUUCCUUCGAGGCAGCCUACCCUGGCAAGGACUCAAGGCUGAUACAUUAAAAGAGAGAUAUCAGAAAAUUGGUGACACCAAAAGGAAUACUCCCAUUGAAGCUCUCUGUGAAAACUUUCCAGAAGAGAUGGCAACGUACCUGCGCUAUGUCAGGCGAUUAGACUUCUUUGAAAAACCUGACUAUGAGUAUUUACGGACCCUCUUCACAGACCUCUUUGAAAGGAAAGGCUACACCUUUGACUAUGCCUACGAUUGGGUCGGGAGACCUAUUCCUACUCCAGUAGGGUCAGUUCAUGUAGAUUCUGGUGCAUCUGCAAUAACUCGAGACAGCCACACACACAGGGAUCGGCCGUCACAGCAACAGCCUCUGCGAAAUCAGACUGCAUCAUCAGAGCGCCGAGGAGAGUGGGAAAUCCAGCCCAGCCGGCAGACCAAUACCUCGUACCUGACGUCUCACUUGGCUGCAGACCGCCAUGGGGGAUCAGUGCAGGUGGUUAGCUCAACCAAUGGAGAGCUGAAUGUCGAUGACCCCACAGGAGCCCACUCCAAUGCACCAAUCACAGCUCACGCCGAGGUGGAGGUAGUCGAGGAAGCUAACUGCCUGAAAAUGCUCAACCUGUGGUGCUGCUGUUUCUUUAAGAGGAAAAGGAAGAAGACUGCCCAGCGCCACAAGUGACCAGUGCCUCCCAGGAGUCCUCAGGCCCUGGGGACUCUAACUCAAUUGCACCCGCAGCUCCUGCCAUUUUUCAUUGAAAGGGACUCCUCUAUGGGGGAGGGUGGAGGUCCAAACCAAAAAGAAGAAAACAGAUGCCCCCAGAAGGAGCCAGUGCAGGCAGCCAGGGCCCAGUGGGUCAGUGGCCAUCCCCGCCUGCCUACAGCUCUGAGCAGGUCCCAGAGCUGCGGCUCCUCCACUGCUUGCCCUCGGGGCUGCCUGGUUGACUCUCCUUCCUAUUGUUUACAGUGAAGGUGUCAUUCACAAAAACUCAAGGACUACUAUUCUCUUCCCUCCAGUAGUUUACUCCCGGUUCUUGCCCCACCCUCAACCCUCUCCAGCAUAAAAGCUAGUGAGUUAAAGGCUUUGUCUGCUGAAGGAGCUCAAGAGGCUGGGGGUGCGGUCAAGAAGGCAGGGGGAAGAUGGCAGGCCUGGCAGGAGACGAACGUUCUCCACCUACCAGGUGUGCCUGGCAAUAUGGCUCCGUCCUCUGUGCCUCUGCAGCCUCCAUCCCCAGCUGGUCACGGGGUGCAGGUUCUUGCCACCCUCCCUCCUGUCAAGUUACACUGUCGGACACAAGCUGUGAGAAAUCUGCAGUCUACUGUCCCUGCGCGUUGGCAUUCUUCGCUCUCUUGACAAGCGAGCUCUGUUCUCCAAACGGUAGUAGGACAAUGCAAAUUGUUCUGAGCAAAGGAAAAAACUGACUUUAUUGCACUUUUAGUUUUGUUUUUUUUUUAAACAAAAAACAUGGCAGAUGCAUAUUGUGUCUGGUUAUAUUGGGAGUUUUACUUUUUUCUGUUUUGAGGGGGAUGGGGCCAGCCAAGCCAUUCAGAGAGAACAUGGGUCCAGAGGACAUUCUCAAUGGAAGAAGUUGGGUCUGCAGCACCCAGAAGAGAAGAAGCCAAACUCUUGUCAUUCUGAGUAAACACUCAGGUUGGCAAAGAAACAUACUUGAAUUUUCAUUCAUCUUCUCAGCUGCUGAAGAAUGUCCCUACCAGAGCCUCUUGACCUCAUCAGCCUACAGUUUGGACCGCCUAGCUCUCCAGCACAUGGGAUGAGCCAGCCAAGCCAGACUGACCAGGAGAAGGAGAUGCUUGACAAAAAAAUUGGAAAUACCAGUUUCCUCCACUGCCAGGGACUUCCAACUAAAUAGCCAUGUGACUUUCUUAGUGACUUGGGGGACAAAAUUAGUGAUGAAAUGGCCACCGCCAUAUUGCCACUAGUGGACAAGAAGAGGAGGACUAAGUGAACCCGCCUUCCAACUGCCAGAAGAACCUCAGGAUUUGGCAUCAUAGGGCCAGGAAAUAAAAUCAUUGUGUACUGUCUGCCCCGAUAGCUGAGUGAUAGCAUUUGGGCUGGCCUGCCUUACCAGGCACCAAGCACCUGCAGAUCUCCCAGCAGGUCCACAGCAGCAUGCUUAGGACUGAGCACGUGGGGCUGUAUGAACAGGAAGAUAAGAUUGGCUGGUGCUGGAAAAUUCCAAGGGAAAGGAUACUGAAAUGAAAGGUCUGAAAUUAUCUUCUCAUUUGGAUAUAGACUCCUUCCAAAUAAGAUGGCCAUGUACCUAGAGCGUGUUUUCCCCAGUCCACUGUCUGCCUCCCCAUGUGGGUUAGCCACCUGAUCUACUACCAUGAAGAGUCUUGGUUCUUCGUUCACUGCUUGGAAAGUAAUGUAUGGAGUUAAUCUUACUGUGCUCAAUUUUCAUUUGAGUUCAGUGGCUUAUGUAAACAGUGACCUCUUUCCAGAUGUGAUAGAGGAGAAAGAACCACUUAAAUCAGGGAACAAGGCCUUGUAUCUGGGAGUAGAGAUAGCUAACUCACCAAGGAGGACGGUGGCUGGUGACUUAGUCUGGUGGUUUUGGGAACUCCGAAAUCAUUGCCUCUGGCUUGAGAUGGAGGGCCGUGUUUUGGACUGGAGGAUGUGGGGAUACUUUCUGGUAGUUGGCAUUUCCUGACAAGUCCCUUGAUGUAUCUUACAUGGAGCAGAGAUAGCAACAGUGGCAUGGAUCAGAGUUACUGGGCUUUACCUGUUCCAUCGGGCCUUGGCUAGGAAAUACCAUUUUACUGGCUUCAAACCUGCUCAGCUCAUGUAAGGAUUGUAAUCUUUCAUUUCUUUAAAAGAAAUUUUCCUGUAUACAAAACAGAGUGGCUGGGAGACACAGUGUCACAUCCCUUUUCCACAAGGAUUUUGAAUAUUGAGGUUUGCUUCCUUGAUAAUACCUAGUGGUUAAGGCACCAUCACAGAAAUGUACAGUUUCUCAAUUGGCAUUUGGGCAACUCUAACUUCCUGUAUAGAAACUUUAACUUCCUUUUCCCUGUGUAGAAAAAAACCUUGCCUCUCAAGGGAUGGCAAGGGGAAGUAGUGACAAAGCCUCUAGCAUCCUGGCACUCCACACCCCACUAAGUGCCUCCCACCUCUGCUUCCACAAAAAAGCAAAGGCAUUGACCAGCUUGGCUCAGGGCAAGCCCCCCUGCAGCUGAGUUUGUGACUUUUUUUGGUCUUAAAUGUUUUAAAGGCUAGCUCUUGAAGGGUUAAACCUAAGCAGUUAUGGGGGGUCCUUCCUAAUGCACUGUUCUCAUUCUCUGCACCACCCCCCCCCAAAAUCUCUUACUAGGUAUCUGCUUUUCAUGACAAAGGCGAAGAGCCCCACGUCCCUCUGGCAUGUAGGGUAAUGGUGAUUCUUCCAAGGCCGUUAGCACUCCAAGGUGGUCCCAGGCCUCUGAGAGAUUCUAUUGUGAUCUUCCUGAAAAUUAAAAAGUAAAUAAAAAGACUACCUAAGGAAUAAUUUGGCCAUCAGUUCCAUCCCCACCAGCACAUCAGGGCUCCCUCUUCAACCCUAUUGCUAUAGUUGCUUAGUUCUGUGCCUCAGCCGGGUCCCUGAGGUUGGGCACUCCCUCCACCCACCACCCACCCAAAUCCACUCACUAUAGUUUUGGAACUUUCUCCAUUUCACAGCAUGGUGCCUAAGGAUCUUUUUCUUUGGGAUUGAUGCAGUUGCUUCUGAGUUAGCAGUAAGUACUAGCAGCGUUCACUCAAAAUAUUCUUAAUAGUAUGCCAUUAGGAGGACGUCUCCCAAGCCCUACGGUCCUUCAGGUAUUGCAUCCUGAGCAGAUUAAGGCACGCAGGCCAGGAAUCCACCAAGGCAUAAGCGGUCCUUCUCUUAUGACCAGAGGAUGACCUAUGUCUGUGCAAUCAAGCAGCUAAAGGUUGAUCACUUACACACACCUUGGCAUUUCCCAGUGGUCUCACUCUGGACUCUGCAAGGGUGGGCAGUGUGCCAGCAGCCAGUGUGCUUUCCUGACAGCCUUAGUGAACAUUCUGCUAUAUUGGGUCUGUCUAGAAGUAAACAGGGUCUAAGAAGGUACAAGUCAAGUGACUAGGCUAACCUCCAGUUAAAGCUCCAUUUCACUCUGGAACGCAGAGGCAACAGGGGACAGCAGAAUCCUGGGCUUUUCAGUAGAAAUGUUGAUUUGCCUGUUUUAUCUGCAUGAAUUCCAGGUACAAAGAAACCACCUCUGCCGUUAGCCAGAAGAGGGUCCAUCACCUCUAUAUCCCAGCUUAGUUAGUGCACUGGAAAUGGACACUGAUAGUGCAUAUUCAUUGUUGAUUCUCCGUGUUAGUAACCUCCUUUAAUGUCAGAAAUAUGCAGUGAUGAUAAGUGUAUGUCAGAUUGGUUACUAAAGAUCAUAGCCUUAACUUUUUUGUAUGCAAAAGAUAGAAUUAAUUGCCCCUGUCAGCAAGCAUGGCUGAUGUUUCUCAAAAAUAAGUACUUCCAUGACAGCAUAGAAAGCAUCUCAAAGGAACUUGAUUUUCUGAUGCAUCUCUCCCAAUUCCACAUGCCUCCUGUGUGUCCCAGUCACCUCCAUUUUCAUACUGAAACCAGUUUUCCAUUCCCAGUGAAUUGCCCUGACAGUGUCGUCUCCAACGUCAGCCACGUUAGGGCUCGAAUUACUCAGAUUGGGAGCUUACAGCGCCAUACAGCCAACAUUGCCUUUGCCAGUCCACUGCCACUGUCCCCGCCAUUGCCCCAAUGUGGGCAGAUGAAUUCCAGCAACCCUUAGGGAGCCAGGAUAACCAGGCACCCCAUCUGGAUUGGCCAUAUAUAAGCACCAGGCACUUGUUUUGGGGGCUCUUGUUUUGGCAACUCCGGGCCUCCAGGAAAAGCCCUGUCUAGAAAUUGAUGGCCAGUGAUUCCCAGUCUUCCCUAUGACGGGUUGGCAGGAAUCAAAAUGGGAUUCCUAUGGUUUUAUUGUUUUGGGGGUGGGGGGAGGGAGGCAGCGGAGGGGUGGCUUUGUUUCUGAAUAAAUAAAGAAGAGAGGAAACUAUGGCCCUUCUGAGGGUUUGCAGAGUUUGAGCAGUGUUUUAGCCACAAAUAAGAAAUCUUGGAAGUCUUUGAUGAAUUAAGCAGUCUUAAAAACAUGUUUUUCAUAACUCCUUUUGCAGGUGACUGAGUGCAAAAGAAUAGGUUUCUCCACUGUAUUCAAAAAUAGUAAGUAGGUUCCCUGGAUAUAGACUGUAGUAGUUGACAAAUUUCCUCAAAAAGCAACCAGGAAGUCCACUCCAGUAUUUGUAGAUCAGCUUACAAAGGAAAAAGUGAACAUGUACUCCAUAUAUUUCUAGUUUUGUUACCAAACUUGAUGUUAUAAAGAAACCUCAGUUCUGUGGACAGAAUUUCUUUUGUCGCUUUUCUUUUACUCCUCGCAAUCUUAUUUCCGGUGCCAUCACCACCUUCAGAGUCUCAGAGCAGAGGGUUAUCCUUGGUAAUAAAUGGGGGUGCAGUGCAGUCAUCCCAACAACACACACAGGAAAACAGCUGUUCUGACUGCCUCUUCCCUGCAAACCCCCUCUUUCAGGGCAGGUGAGACAUUUUCAGUGUUCCUCUUCAUGAGCUCCAGACCAAAUCCCAGGCCAGCCCUUGCACUGAAAGCUUUUGUAAGAGGUUUAUCAAUCUGUUAGGAAUGUCUCAGGAGAGAUGAGCCAUUUCUUUGGGGGGAAAUCUAUUUACAGAUGGGUGUGUGGUUGCGCUUGUAUGCCUGUGUGUGUGUAUAUGUGCGUGCAUGCGCACGUGGUCUCAUCUGUGCAUUUCACUUCCAUAAAGACUCACAGGCCAGGCUGCUGGGACCAUGUGUUUAGGAAUAUCCUCGGAAGUAAACAAGUAACAAGUGAGCUUCUCAAACUAGUGUCACAGCAGGCUGGCUCUGGGAAUGAGCCCCAUUUAUCAAGCAGAAAAGUAAACAGCAGAAAAGAUAGAGAUGAAACCAAAAAUAUUAUAACCCCCCCAAUGGAAAAUAAUGUUGAUUCAUCAAUUCCCAUUGGAUAUAUUACAUGCUCUAAUUUAUUAUAUUAUUAUUUUGUCUGUUUCUUUAAUCUUUGCCCAUUGUACUUUUAAAAAGAUGUUGGGAUGUUGAUUGCAAUUUUUUAAGACUAGAUAAUGUAUAAAUCAGCUGUGGAAAUCAGUUUUAAAUGCUGUGUGGAUGUGUCUGAUUUAUUGUUAAAUGCCUUUUUUUUUUUUUUUUAACUUUUUGUUUUAUUUUAGAUAUGUGUUGUUGUUUCAUAAACCCCGGCACUGGUCGCAAAGCUCAGCUGUGAAAAUGAAAUUUGUAGUAUUUUUUAACAUGAAUGUUUAUUUCAAGUGUAUUUGAAAUGGUUCCUCUGGGAGAGAGAUUUGUACACCAUUAGGAAAAAUUCCUCUGCAGAGGAAGUAAGCCGCCUUUGGAGAAAACGGAAAAUGGGUCUUGAUGUGUUAUCUCAGAGUAGCCCAUUUCCUAGGGCACCAUGGAAAAACACAAAUGUGAUCUUUAAGUAUACCUCUUCCCUAAUUUGGGGAGGAAAGGACUCAGUUUGCACCCUUUUUGUAUGUAAAAUAAAAUGUCUUACCUUUCUUGACUAA